AACCUCAUCUCUUUCCUCUGUCAUUCUCUUCAAUCUAGCAGAAGCAGAACCAAAACUCAGAAGCUUAACCCUAUUAGAAACAUCAUCAGGCAAAGAACUCUCCGACCAUCUCCUAGGUUUCUGGCUCUUCAUGUUUUGCCCAAGAAGUCACAGAGAGAUGUCUGGUUUGAAGUUAACAACCAGAUCCUCAAUGCAUUGUUUACUCUGAUGUGUUUGUAUCAACACCCGAAACGGUUUUAUCACCUCGUGCUUCUCUGUAGAUGGAAGCAAGAUGAUGUUACAACGCUUAGGAAGAUUUACUGCGAGAACGGGACUUACAAGCCAAACGAAUGGUUACACAUGAUGGUUGUUGUUCUUUUGCUUCACUUGAACUGUUUUGCUCAGUAUGGGCUUUGCGGUCUUAACUUAGGGUAUAGAAGAUCCGAGAGACCCCCCAUUGGUGUAGCUAUAUGCAUAUCUGUUGCAAUAGCAGCUCCUGCGGCUGCAGGUUUGUACACUAUUCUUAGUCCACUUGGGAAAGAUUAUCAUCCUCAAGGAGACGUGGAGAAUCAAGUGCAGCCUGUGGAAGAAGGACCGGUUACUACUAAUCGCAAGUUAUCUCUUGAACGGAGAUAUUCAUUUGCUUCUACAGACGUGAGUAAUCCUGAAUGGAGAGGUGGGAUUCUUGAUAUAUGGGAAGAUAUUUCAUUGGCUUAUCUCUCACUGUUCUGCACUUUCUGUGUGUUUGGUUGGAACAUGGAGAGGAUUGGGUUUGGGAACAUGUAUGUGCACAUUGCCACUUUUAUUCUCUUCUGUUUGGCUCCUUUCUUUAUAUUCAACUUGGCUGCUAUAAACAUCGAUAACGAGAUGGUGAGGGAGGCACUUGGAUAUACCGGCAUUGUGCUUUGCUUGUUUGGUUUGCUAUAUGGUGGUUUUUGGAGAAUACAGAUGAGGAAAAGAUUCAAGUUACCGAGUUAUAACUUCUGUUGUGGGAGACCUGCUAUUGCUGAUUGUACACUCUGGUUAUUCUGUUGUUGGUGUUCUUUGGCUCAAGAAGUCCGGACCGCAAAUUCUUAUGAAAUAGUGGAAGAUAGAUUCUUCAAAAGAAGAGAAGAAAAUAGUAAGGUUGAUGGUGAUGAGGUUCUGGUAUCUUCAUUGGCUCGUGAAGAUGGUGUGUUUGAUCCGAGUUGCUCACCUAAGGAGAUGACCACGACGAUAGCUGGCUCGUCUCUCAGCCCGAGUAGACGGAAAGAUGAUACUUGCUUGGGAGGUAAGAGUGAUGAAGCUCUAAGUCCACCUUCUCCUCCAUUCAUACACAGAGAAGCUAGUUAGAACUAUCAAGAGUUUUUUUAUCAAAGUUUGUUUUGAAUUUUUCUGGAUUAAGAAUAUAUAUACUCAAAUGGUAAUCGAUGUAAAACCAGAUUUACUAUUGGACUCUGUUUAUACGGUUCAGGUAUAUUUAUAUUUAAACGGAACUAAAGUUCAAAUUCCU